GCGGGCCGGCGGGCGGAAGAGGAGGCGGCCGCCACCUCCCUCUCUCCCUGCGCUCGGGCCCUGCCAUGGCCGCCAACAGUAUGUCCGACCCCCGGCGGCCCAACAAAGUGCUCAGGUAUAAACCGCCCUCCACCGACAACAACCCCACUCUGGAGGACCCCACCCCUGACUACAUGAAUCUUCUGGGAAUGAUCUUCAGCAUGUGCGGCCUAAUGCUCAAGCUGAAGUGGUGCGCCUGGAUCGCCGUCUACUGCUCUUUCAUUAGCUUCGCCAACUCCCGCAGUUCGGAAGACACUAAGCAGAUGAUGAGCAGUUUUAUGCUGUCCAUUUCUGCCGUUGUGAUGUCUUACCUCCAGAACCCACAGCCCAUGUCACCCCCCUGGUGAGGCUCCACUGUCUUCAGGACACCUUCCUCUGUCACCUCUCCCGGAGAAUCGGCCAGGAACAUCCUGGCCUAACUGUGGAGGGCUGGCGGUGGGGGCCGAGUUUGUGGUGACAGAAUCGGGGGUCGGGGG